AUGGCUUCGUAUCCUCCCUCGGCUUGCUGCACUGUCGGCUGCAGGCACCAGGGAACUCCUAAAGGCAGCAACAUCAGGGUAGCCGGCAAGUAUGAUGCCUACCUUGCAGAACCUGCGCCAGAAAAGUCCCACAAGAAUGCAGCGAUCCUGUUCUUAUCCGAUAUCAUGGGCGUUUGGCAGAACAGUAGGCUGCUCGCGGACGAGUUCGCAGCGGCCGGGUACCUAACCUUGCUGGUUGACCUGUUCUACGGCGAUCCGGUCGGCUGUGUCGCGCACCCCAGCUUCAUGGGCGAGGACGAGCUCGCGAGGCUGGGCGGGCCGCUGUCCAUCGCGGCGGCCGAGGUCGACCACCUCUUCCCUGACGAGAGGCGUUGCAAGACCGAGCAGAUACUCAAGACCACCAAGCAGCCCUGGCUCAGUGAUCCAAAAGGGGGUUGGGAUUGGAUGAAGCAGACUUCGUUCUCGAGCACUCAAGAGAUUAUCGUACAAUGCUAA